AUGCGAGUGUUUCUUGCAUACUCGGUUUAUAGCAAUGGAUCUAUUCUGUUGAACGUUAGCCCUCCAAAACAGGGAACACUCAAAUCGCUAGCUUCAAUUCGUUUUAUCUCUAUGACUUGGGUCGUAGCCGGACAUGUGCUGAUGGAUGAUGCGGCAAGCGACACCCUUCUGCCUGUACUGAAAAUGUUUCAUCCAUUUUUGUCAACUACAAUAUCAAAUGCAUUCUUCUCAGUGGACACAUUCUUUCUUUUAUCUGGAAUUCUUGUUUCCUACCUAUUCUUCAGAAGCAAACCUACUGCUAAACAUGUGAAAAGUCCAAUUGUAUGGAUAAUGUUCUACGUGCAUCGCUACCUCAGGUAA